AUUAUCAACGCAACAGAAAUGCAACAGGGUUUACCGGAACUUCGUAGUCUACUGCAGGGUCCACGGAUCGAUUCUCUGCGCGGAUUGAUUGCGGAGAUAGAGGGGUGGCAGUUAAACAACAAAACCAUCCCGGUACCGAAAACUUUUCUUUCCCAUGCGAAGCUUCAUCCUUUGUUCCAGAAAAUGCUGGAAAACAUCAUCAAGUAUCGUGCAUACCUGGAACUUUUCAUAACCCAUUUCAACGCCGCAAACGAAGGAAUCGCUCCACACCAGAACACCCCACUUCAUUACGCAGCCGAAGCAGUGAAUGUAGACUUCAUGAAGUGGUUGCUAAUCCAGUCCAACCUAGAGCCCGAUGUGAACAGUCGCAAUAAGCAGCGCCAAACGGCUCUGUUUCUACUGUGCGAACAAUACGACAUUCGAGUGAAUAAUUCAAAGUUCAAAAAACGGGCGCUAAGUGUUGUCAAAGCUUACGACAUCAACACCGAAGACGUCUGUCAAUGCAUUCUGUUGCUUUUGGAUCAUGGGGCAAGCUUUAACAUUUGCAACGAUUACCUCCAGCUGCCAUUUGAACUUUUGAUUCGUAACACCUCGAGGGAGAACCAGAAUCCGUUUAUCGAGGAGUGCCGAAGCCGAUUCGCGAGUGGCAUUGCAAUUAGCGAAGUCCACGGAGGAGGAGCACGAGUGGUAGGGUUUUACCAGGACUCACCGCCAGUCACGGUUACCGUGGAGCUCUUGGAGAUAUACCUAAGAUUUGGGGAGAAGGAAAAAUUCUCCGCUGAGAUGGCACACUUCAAUGUAAAUGCGAGUAAUGUUAAAACAGUUAUCAAACUAUUGUUGCACAUUGCUGUGGAACUUGACUUGGAGUUCUACGUGAGAAAGAUACUGGACCGAGCGAAUAGGAUAAUUUUUCAAGUUGAAAGAAAAUAUAAUCGUACGGAGGCCGAAGAUGAUAGUAAAUCAUUGGAGCUCAGGCUCACACACCGUUUAGAGCUGAAAGGUCUGCUGAAAAAGGCAUGCCAGGCCGGUAACGUGAGGACGUUGAGACUUCUACUGAACCAAAUAACCGACAGUGAGUUGAUCAAUGAUGAUCCGAUUUUGGUAAUUACUUUAAAUCAGGCCGAUGAAUGUUACAAUCGUACCGAAGAGCGAUCCCGACUGCUGCAGUGUGCCGAGUUUCUUUCGAAGGAACGGAAAAUUUUCGUUUCUAGCACCGACAACAAUGGCAACACUGCCCUUCAUAAUGCGAUGAGGUUUGGUUUUCAUCACAUUGCACUGGAACUGAUCAAGAAGAAACACAUUUACCUAGGGGUCCGAAACAAGGACGGCCUAACGCCGCUGAGCUGUGCCCGGUAUGGGUUUUGGAAGCAGUACUUCGAUCAGUGCAUAUCGAUUGACAAGAAACGAUCGAAUUUCGAUCGGAAUGAGAUUAGAUUCAAUCUGCAUGGGUUCAAUCCGUACAUUCUGAAGAAACGAAAAGUGAGCCCCUCGAAAGACGAGGCGGAACCGACGAACCGGUCUCCUACUGAAAGCGUCAUUGUUCGAAAAGCAAUGGCAUUAGACUUUUUCCAGACGGAAAUUGAUCCUGUCAAGAUUAUAGCAAAAUCAGAAGACUUGAAACGUCUGCUGCUUCAUCCCGUAGUUUACACAUUUAUCCAAAUCAAAUGGCUAAGUAUGACGAAGUGGAGCUACAUCAAUCUGGUCUGCACACUGGCAACAGUUUCCUUCUUCAGUUGGAAUUCGAUAGAUGUCUGCGAUGGUGACGACGGUGCUUCAAUGAUGCCAACCGUACUUUCCCUGAUUGGUGCAAUCUAUCUGAUCUGCCGAGAGGCGAUUCAAUUUAUGUUCCUGAGACAAAAGUACUUUUACUCGCUGGAAAACUACAUGGAUGCUGCCAUCGUAAUCACCAUGCUGUGGGUUCUGUUCCGGGGUUGCAACUCGAUUCUGUCCUCCCUAACCGUCAUUGCGUUCGCUAUGCAGCUAACCAUCAUCAUCGGAUCACUUCCGUUCGGCAAGUUCUCCACCUACAUGUACAUGUUGAAAACCGUCUCGAUUAACUUCGUGAUAAGUUUUGUGUUCUUCAUGCCCCUGCUAAGUGCCUUCGCCCUUAGUUUCUUCAUGGUCUACAACGAUCGAACAAUGGAAGCAACCGAGCGCGAACCGGAAAACAACGCCUUCAAUCAAUUCUCUACCUUUUCCAGUGCUGCCCUCAAGACCUUAGUUAUGACGACCGGCGAGUUCGAAGCAGCGGAAGUUGACUUCAGCGGCGGGAAGAUCGUCCUGUUCGUUUUGUUCGUAUUUUUCGCUCCGAUCGUAAUCCUGAACCUGAUCAACGGCCUCGCGGUCAGUGACAUCACUGCGAUCAUGCAAAAAUCCGAACUGAUCAGCAUUAGCCGAAAGGUAUUUAUUCUAGACCGCUACGAGCGUGGACUUCGAAAUAUUCCAUUUGAAAGCAUUCGGCGGUUUUUCUCAAUUCCGUUCUUCGAUAAGCACUCCUACCUUGUUGUGGUGAAACGCAACGAGUCCCAGAAGGUUCUGGUGGAAGAUAUUAAUAAGAUACCAACUGUUCAGCCGGAACCAGAGAUGAUCCCGGUGCAACAGACCGACAACUCUCCGGCAAACGAUCAGCAAAACCCGCGUGGACGCAAGGCCGAUCCGAAGGCCAACUGGAAAGUAGUUCCGAAAAUACCCGGAGCUUGGUUUGUUCGAGGAUCGGAAGGGUGUACUGUGAAUUUGAUGUUACUGAAAUUUCAUUUAUUCUUGACUCUUGAAAACCAGAUUGUUGACCUUGCACGGCAAAUCGCUGAACAAAGCAUAAUCAUGAAAGAAACUCACCACAGUGGACGACUCGAAGGUUCUUACGCCGAUACGGUCCAGCACCGAACAACGCUGCAAUCGUCCCCAUCGGAGAACUUGAUUGCGAUACACUGGCGAAACUAGAUUUGAGUAAUGUAAGAAAUAUUACCGGCAACGUUGCCGUGAGUGCUCUGUCACAUUCAGCUCGGUGCACACUCAGCUUCUCUCACCUGUCACCUAGCACAGCUUACACGCUAACACAAUCAUACUCAAACUCGCUGUGUCUAUCACAUGACACGUGACGAUACUGGUGCUGCACCGUCAGAAGUUACUAUC